CACUACAGUGAACCUAUAAACCGACCUUUACCUUCCAUCUUUUCCAACAUCAGCAAUGGCCGACGAAGGAGCCGCAUGGCCUGUAGCCGAUCAGGCCCUGAGCCAGGAACUUCUCGAUCUUUGCCAGCAGGCUACAAACAGCCGUCAGUUGAAGAAGGGGGCUAACGAGGCAACCAAGACUUUGAACCGUGGAAUCUCGGAAAUCAUCGUCCUCGCUGCGGAUACCUCCCCACUUCCGAUCAUUCUCCACCUUCCCUUGCUAUGCGAGGACAAGAACGUGCCAUACGUUUACGUUCCCUCCAAAAUGGCCUUGGGCCGCGCUUGCGGUGUCGCCCGUCCCGUCAUCGCCUGCAGCAUCACUAGCAACGAGGCUUCCGACCUCAUGGGCCAGAUCCGCACCCUCAAGGACAAGAUCGAGCGUCUCCAGAUCUAAGGACCCGGUUCCGCGACAUCUCCUUUCCUGACCGGUCAAUGCCAUCGUUAAUCGUUAUCACCCACCG